AUGAGAAGUCCGUUUCUCAUUGCCAUGGAAUCAAAAGCUGGCUUCACAGCUCAUUUCCCCACAGAGAAGCUCUGUCACCUGGAGGUGAACUUUCCCAGAGCUUCGUGGGGCCAGUGUAUUGUGGGAUCCAAGAUUUUCAGUUUCCCUUACUGUCAAGGGAUCUGCCUGGCCCCGAACAGAGAGCUCCUUCCCUCCAAUUUUGAGUGCUAUAAGCUUCCUUCCCCACUCACACCUGCUGUGUCUGCUGUAGCCAUGGCUACAAUAGAUUUCACUGUUCUGCAGAGGGAGGCUCCGGCCUGCUCUUGGCUUUUUCAGGUCUGCACUCCUAUCAUCCGCUCUUUGAUGGUCUAGGAUGAUGAACACGAGAUGAGUGUGCACUGAGUGAAUGCUUCCCUCAUAGAAAAGUCUAGCUGCUCCUGA